AGGUUGUUGUCUAAAAGGCCCGAUCGAGUUAGCGUUGGUAGAGACUGCCCCAAUGCCAAUUCCGAAGUGAAGCCGGCCCAAGACGCGUCCUGUGCCUUGUCCGAUUAUCGAGUCGCGUCUUCACAAUCCUUAGAUCCAAGCCUCCCGAGUCCAGACAAUAUACGGAGCUUUGUGCCUACUUCCCUCUAUCAAUCAUGGAGGAAGAACUCCCCGCAUCUUCAGUGUUUGUACCUCCUUCGGUGCAAUGUCAUCAGGACGCACUGUUGUCUGGAAGAUCGUAUGCACACUACAGCGAAGUCCCAGAGGGCGUUACCACAAAUAAAUCUGGAUCCGAACCUGGGACGCCAUGUGUACUCGGUGUGGACGAAGCAGGUCGUGGGCCUGUCAUCGGGCCCAUGAUAUACGGUGUCUACUACCUCCCAAUCGAGAUGGAACAGUCCCUGCUGGCGACUACAUAUCACUUUGACGACUCCAAAGUCCUGACGCCAGUCGUGAGGGCUAACCUCAUGAAAGCAGUCUGUUCAUCAGAGACAGAUCUGUUCAAGUCAUCCGGCUGGGCCAUCAAAUCUCUUAGUGCUCAGGACAUUGGUGCUGGCAUGAUGAAGAACGGCGGAUCAUACAACUUGAACGCCCAGGCCAUGGAUGCCACCGUCGAAUUGAUCCGAGGUGUCAUCGAGCGAGGCGUUAACGUCAGAGAAAUCUAUGUCGACACCAUCGGCAGGCCAGAUGUCUACCAGAGAAAGUUGGCACUCAUCUUCCCAACCAUUAAAAUUACUGUCGAAAAGAAAGCCGACAGUCUGUAUCCGUGCGUCAGUGCAGCAAGUGUCGUCGCCAAGGUCACAAGAGACGUGAGUUGCGAGGCUCUAUUUGAGGCCUACACCCAGCAACAAACGACCUCAUGCAAGGACGACACAGUCAGCUGGGGUUCUGGUUAUCCAUCUGAUGCAAGAUGUGUCAGUUGGCUGAAGUCAGCGAUCGACCCCAUCUGGGGGUUUGGAAAUGAAUGCAGAUUCAGCUGGGGCACCAUCAAAGACAUGCUAGAGCAAAAAAGUGGACCGGCAAUGCUGGCAGACUGGCCCGAUGAUGCCGAAGACGAUAACAUGAGACUUUCCCACUACUUCGGCAGCAAUGGCAUGUCUGGGCCAAGAACAGAGAGCGACGAGCUGAGGACUUGGUUCGGCACCAGCGUGGGCCAAGAAGCGUUCUGAGUCGGAGCGAUUCGAUUCGUAUUCAGCGCAUCACAAAAUGUCAUUUUAUAUGAUUCU